GGCUGGGUUGUAUGAAACGCCUUCUUUACAGUGAGCUCUCGCGAGCGAAUCCCAGAUGUGACAACGCCUGUGGUGGAUUGAUAAGAUGCAGACCAUAAAGUGUGUGGUGGUGGGUGACGGUGCAGUGGGAAAGACCUGCCUGUUGAUCUCCUACACAACCAAUAAGUUCCCCUCGGAAUACGUCCCCACGGUGUUUGAUAACUAUGCGGUGACAGUGAUGAUCGGAGGGGAGCCCUACACUCUGGGGCUGUUCGAUACAGCAGGUCAGGAGGACUAUGACCGACUGCGACCGCUCAGUUACCCCCAGACAGAUGUCUUCCUUGUGUGUUUCUCUGUCAUAUCGCCCUCCUCCUUUGAGAACGUCCGUGAGAAGUGGGUCCCAGAGAUCUCCCACCACUGUCCGCGUACACCCUUCCUGCUGGUGGGCACCCAGAUGGACCUGAGGGACGACAGCAACACGGUGGAGAAGCUGGCUAAGAACAAGCAGCGGCCCCUGGCCCCUGAGAGUGGAGACAAGCUGGCCCGGGACCUCCGGGCAGUCAAAUACGUGGAGUGCUCCGCCCUCACCCAGCGAGGUCUGAAGAACGUGUUUGACGAGGCCAUCCUAGCUGCGCUGGAGCCGCCAGAGACCAAGCCCAAGAAACGCUGCGCACUCUUAUAAAACAUUUUAAAUGGGGCCAAAGAACCAGGGGAAAGACAUAACAGGAAAAAAAGAGACAGGCGGACAUGGGGAACAGACAACAGACAGAAAGCUGGAAGGGGUGUAGGGGGAGGGAGCAAGAGGACAAGUGAGACAUUCGUUUAAUAGUGCCUUCAGCAAUAGAGGUGGGGAGGGGCGAUGUUGGGUGGAUGGGUAACAAACAGAGACAUAGAAAUACAUCCUAAUAUAUAAUAGAAUGUAUAUCUAUGUUUCUUGUAACAAGCUGAUCAAUUCUCUUCCUAACCAGUAUAGUCCUUCUUAAAAGGAGAACGACAGAGCAAUAUAGGGAAGAGACAAGGUUUUGAAACCUCUAUUGCCUUAAAGUUACAGUACAAACAAAAUAAGUUAGACAAGAAGAGGAAGAGACAGUGUGGAAUUUAUUUUGUGUUUGAUGAUACUAAAAACUGACUGGAAAAAUUAGCUUAAACUGCGCAAUCUAGACGCGCACACACACACCGGUCCUUUACUCCCUUCAACCCACAACUGCUUUUUCUCUUUCAAAUUGUCCGCCUUAGUUUUGAAAAUCCUGCUUCUUCCAAGAUGAACUCUUCUUCUUCACCCACUAUUUGCCAUCACCGCUCCAAUGAAAACUACAAGCGCUUCUUUCUUCUUGGUUUUCACUGCCCCCUAACAUGAACUGAAUUUCAACUUACUUCCUUUUUUUUCCCAUUUAUUGUUUUGGAGAUGAUGGUGUAUUAAUGACGAUAAUAAGAGUAUUAUAUAUUUUUUGGCUCUUUAUUUCCGGGGAUACCCCUAGUGGUUAGCGAUUUGGACACUUGAAUUGUUUUUUAUAUGUUUUUGUUAUUAUUUUGAUGGUUGUGUGCCAAUGUGUUGAGUGUCACUGGUUUCAUUUGACAUAACAAUCAUAAUAUGCCACUAAUGACUACGUAGCUGGUUGUGAUAUCAGUAGUAAUAACAGCAAAAAGCAAUAAUGGUUAUGAGUAACAAUAAUAGCUCUGUUGAAGCAUCCUCAUCCGGUUGUUUGAAAUAAAAAAAUUACUUUAACUUGAAAA